GUGAAGUAACAUUAAAAUAUAUAAGGUCAAUAUGGACCCUGGUGGUCGAAAACUCACCCGCGAGCUUAUUCGUGAUUUAAUUUCCAAAGAUGAGCCGGAAGUGGAAAUUUUAAGUCUAGAUGAAGAACCAGGAUCGGGACGUGGCGAUAAUUACACGUCAAUGUUGUAUAGGAUGAGAGUUAACGGCCGUAAGAGAUUAAAAUCUGGAGAAGUGGUGGCUUGGAACACGGCUAUUAUUUAUAAAGUACUACCGGAAUCUAAGGCAAGACGUGAAGCAUUUAAAAGUGAAUCACUUUUUAAAAAUGAAGUGGUUUUUUAUAACAAAGUGUGGCCGGCUUUGAACGAAUUACAAACAAGUAAAAAAGUAUUUGGCGGAGUUGCUAAAAUUUAUAUUGCGAAAUCUGAUCUUAUUGCUAUGGAAGAUUUGAAGAUAAGAGGAUUUGUGAUGGCUGAUAGACGUCAAGGAUUGGAAUUAGAUCGAUUGAAGCUUGUGCUCAAAGCACUUGCUGGUUUUCAUGCUUUGAGUCUUACACUUCGUGAUUUGAGGCCAGAAGUUUUCGAACGUUUAGCAGAUGAAAAUAACCCAGAAAGUAUACGCGAAGGUUUGUUCCGGUUAGAAUAUGAAGACUGGUAUCGGCAUUAUUAUAGAGUAGCUGUUAAAAAUGCAAUAACGAUGGUAUCAGAAGCUCUGCCAAUCCAACAUGAACACAAACGCAAUGAAGUUUUAGGAAAACUACAAAACUUUCUUCAUGAAGAUGUUUUUUUUCACACAAUGUGUGAAUUGGCUUCGACUCGAGGACCAUUUACUGUUUUUUGCCAUGGAGACUGUUGGACUAAUAAUUUUCUCUUUUCAGAAUCUGAUACCGAUGAUGAGGCCGUUUAUCUCGUGGAUUUUCAAUUAUUGCGUGUUGGUUCAUUAGCACUGGAUUUAGUAAAUUUAUUGUAUUGCUGUACAUCCGGACAAGUCAGACGAGUUCAUAUGACUUCAUUACUGGCUCAUUACCACCAACAUUUAAUGAAAGCUCUCAAUACAUUGAACCCACAGCAAUCUCGAGAUUCUUCUGUUACUUGGGAAUUAUUAAAUGAAGAGGUACGUAAAUGUGGACGUUUUGGAUUUGGAAUUGCACUAGAUAUUCUUCCAAUCAGUACAUGCGACAGUGAUAAUGCACCUGAUUUGUAUGAAGGAGCUGGAGAUAAUACAGAAGAAGUUCGAAAUCCUCGUGCUCCACCUCCUGGUGGUGAUGAAUGUGCUCGAUUGAUGACUGAAUUAGUUCUUGAGCUGAUUCAAAAUCGAGCUCUAUAACUAUAAUCAUUAGUCAUUAAUAAGUAAAAAUUAUUUAUUAAUUAAUAACAGCACAAAGUAAAUAAAUUUAAAAUAAAAAAAAAAAAACUUUAAGAAUUUUCUUCAGUAACAGUUUUCUUUUGAUCGAUUAAUGGGAAUUAAAUUUUAUCAAUCAAUAAUUU